AGGUAAUUUCUGGCGCUCCGCCAGCGGUCACUCUGAACACGAGUUCCAAUUUGUUCUGGAAAUGGAAAUUGACUUGGGAUUUGCAGAAAAAGGCGACGAAGCCUGGCUGAGCAAUCGCUACUUCCCCAGCAAGCUGGGCGGCCAGCCCGCCUGGCUGGAACUGGAGGCCCUGCCGCCCACGUCGCAGCUGCAGUGCAACAAGUGCCGGGCGCCCAAAUCCUUCCUGGCCCAGCUCUACGCUCCCUUCGAGGACGAGUUCAACUUUCACCGGUCCAUCUAUGUGUUCCUGUGCCGGAAUCCCGACUGCCAAGAGGCCCAAAGUGCAGGCAAUUUCACAGUGCUGAGGUCGCAGUUGCCUCGGACGAAUAAGUUCUUUUCGGAGGAGGAGCCGAGCGACGUGGGAGAACCCCUGUCUGCCGUUCCCUGCCCGAAGAAACUGUGCGCCGCCUGCGGUUGCCAUGCUCCCCACGCCUGCAGCAAAUGCAAAGCCAUACACUACUGCUCAUCGGAGCAUCAGAGGGCCCACUGGCCGCAGCACAAGCCGAACUGCGGGGCAGCAGGAGAAACCACUGAGAAGCCCUUAACACAAAUCGUUUUCCCAGAGUUUGAGAUUGUGAUGGACAGCAAUCCCGUGGAAUCUGGCGGGGACAAGGACGACGAGGCACGUUUAGCGGAGUUUCAGGAGCUGGAGGCCAGUGGAAAGACGGGUGACCUAACCAAUGUUUCCGAGGCGGAGAUGGACAAGUACUUUGGAAACUCGGCGGCCGCCGAUGACAAGACUUUCCGUCAAUUCAAAAAGCAAAUAGCAGCCGAACCUGAUCAGAUUGUGCGCUACAAACGUGGAGGCCAGCCGCUCUGGAUCACCAAUACAGUCAAAACGGUGGAGGAGCAACUAAAGAAGCUGCCCAACUGCACCGCUUGCGGUGGAGACCGUCAGUUCGAGUUUCAAAUCAUGCCGCAAGUACUGACUCUUUUAGAGGACGAAAACCUGGACUGGGGCGUCCUGGCCGUCUACACUUGCGCCAAGAGCUGCCCCAUCGAUGGCUACGUGGAGGAGCUGCUUAUCAAGCAGGACAUUGUGGCGGAGGAACAGAGUUGACAUUAAAAUGCGUACAUUUAAA